CAGAUGGGUACCUAGCUUGUGUUAAGUGUCCUCUCCAGCUGCCAACGCCAGCGUCGUUUGAUUCCGCUGGAAAACGACGAAGAGAAACGAUAAUUACGCCACGACCGACGACAACGUUCCCGCCCGACAUCUCAAAAUUUCUAGGCAGCACUUUUUCAUCGGAUUUCUUUUUCUUUUCUCAAUGCGGUAGACGCCGGAAUUCGUUUCGCUUUGGCGGCGGGCACUGACAGCGAACCCCCUGCGACCGAGCAACCAUCCUCGACCAGACCAGACCGAGUAACUCGAUUUCUUAGACAGCGCAUCUCUCGAAAACUGAAAGAGUAGCUACUCCUGGGUCGACACGAAGUUCAGGUGAGGUUGUCAAUUGGCAGCCGUCAUCCAUACCUGCGGGGGGCAAGAUUGGCUCGAGGGAAGACGAUCCCAUCAUGAACGAAUACGAGGAGAAACGCGCAACGCUCGACGAGGACGCCUUUGGUGCGAAGGCGGGCCGCAUUGUCAGGGCAUUUGAUGCUUUCCCAAAGUCGAAACCGGAGUAUGUGCAGCGCACGUCGGGAGGAGGAAAGUGGACGGUGACGAUGGGCGUAGUGACGAUCUUCCUCAUCUGGACGGAGCUGGCGCGGUGGUGGCGGGGCUCGGAGAACCACACGUUCGCGGUCGAGAAGGGGGUGAGCCACGAGCUGCAGAUCAACAUGGACAUCGUGGUGCGCAUGCGGUGCGAGGACCUCCACAUCAACGUCCAGGACGCGGCCGGCGACCGGAUCAUGGCGGCCGACCGGCUCAAGCGCGACACCACCUCGUGGACGCAGUGGGUGGACAACAAGGGCGUGCACAGGCUCGGGUUCGACCCCGUGGGGCGCGUCAUCACCGACGCCGGGUGGCAUCUGGACGAGGGCUUCGGCGAGGAGCACGUACACGACAUCGUGGCGCUGGGCAAGCGGAAGCCGAAAUGGGCCAAGACGCCCAAGGUCAAGGGACCGGCUGAUAGCUGCCGGAUCUACGGGGACCUUCGCCUGAACAAGGUGCAGGGCGACUUUCACAUCACUGCUAGGGGGCAUGAUUGGUAUACGGGAAUGGGGGACCAGCACCUGGACCACAACAAGUUCAACUUUUCACACGUCAUCAACGAAUUCUCGUUCGGGGCCUUUUACCCAUCGCUGGUGAACCCGCUUGACCAGACGGUCAACACGGCCAAGACCGGCUUCCACAAGUUCCAGUACUACCUCUCCGUCGUGCCCACGAUGUACUCGAUCAGCCGGACGUCCAGGACGCUGUACACGAACCAGUUUGCCGUGACCGAGCAGAGCAAGGAGGUCAACCAUCAGAGCGUCCCCGGCAUCUUCUUCAAGUACGACAUUGAGCCCAUCCUGCUUCUGAUCGAGGAGACGCGGCCCGGGAUGAUGCAGUUCCUGCUCAAGGUCGUCAACGUCCUCAGCGGCGUUGUCGUGGCCGGGCACUGGGGCUACAGGAUGUCAGAGUGGGCCAAGGAGGUUUGGGGCAAGAGGCAGGAGCGAAGCCAGGGACUUAUCGGUAACGAGAAGGAGGAACACGACGACUGAGAGGAUGAAUUUUGUUCAUGGACCAUGAAGGAAGGGAGAUAGGGACGUUUUAUGUUGUGAAUAUAAAGAGGGGGAGUUAUCAGGUUUCCUGGGGGCUUCUCGUGCAUCCUUUUAGAUGUAUAGCACGAAAUAUGAUGUCUUUUCUUUGAGAGAGAGGUCCAAGAAGGGAACAUGAUGUGAGCAGGUUCGGUGAGGACAAUCUACUCGCUCGGUGAGGAACUGAGAGCCGAGAUCGGACUUUGUAGGUUUUACGGACACACAGUUGUGCGUUGUACCGUGGCUGUACGGAUACAACGUAAUUACCUCCUCUAAUGCUCCAGAGAGACCCGGGGAAAUGGGGGACCAGUCCCACAAAAGAGUGCUAAGCCGAUAUCUUAGGGGGAACCAACCGGAACACCGGAACAAAGCGCUGUACGUGUACGUUGUACCUAAAACUCCCCGCAUGGGUACCUUAGAGCACGCGAGCAACCAGGAAACAGACCAAUC